GCUGACCAACAGAGCAACGAAUGACUUGCGGUGUCCAUCAGCAAUCAGUCGGAAAUUGUACGGAUGCACAAGUUGCUGAAACGCGUUACCGUUCAGGUGGUGGAAGAAAUGUACUAAAGUAGGACUUAAUGCUAAAUUUAAGCAUAUUCAAGUAAUAAACGCAAGUGAUAAGCAAAUACAGCGGCGAUAAUUUAAAUAUUAAAAAAAUUUAUAUAAAAACUUUUAAAUCAUAAAAAAGUGCAGGUGCAACUGCCGUGCUUAAAUAUAUUGUGUGUGUAUUUGUGAGGAACUAAAUUUAAAAAAUUAAUUUUUUUUUGUAAUAUAUCGCGUUUAUAAUUGUCUAAGUUUCCUACUUUAAAAUGGUGCUAGAAGUCAGCGUCGAUCCAAACCCCGAGCAUCAGCAGCAGCCACAACGUCGAGCGGACAGUGUGGAAGAAGAACAGGAACCAGUAGUAGAGGUGACCACAAGCGGCAGCAUAAUCUUCGAUAAAGCUUACCAAAUGAUGGAGCGAUUCUCGUCAAUGCGCAUCGGGCAAUUUGUGUUGGAGCGAGUUGAUCGAGUGCUGCGCAUCUUCGAGGAUACCGCUAAAUGGAGCCUGCCACAGGAUAAGGCAGAUGAGACUCUGGUGCGUCCUUUGCCAUGGCUACCAUUCCUCGUCUUAAUCGUAUUCUUACGUCAAGUACGCAUUUGGCUAUCGCUGGUAGCAUUGCUUAUCGGUGAUGGUCCGGUGACCGCUAGUAGUAUCGUCUAUUUCGUACAGACGCGUCGUCGCAAAUUGCGCUCCAUACGCAUGCAUGGCUUGAAGGCCAUACAGCAGCGUGAAGAAGAGCGCAAAGCUAUGCUUUGUGAGCAUGAAAACAGUUUAGUGAUGCGAGUGGGUAAAUUACUCAGCACGGCUAUGUGCCGGCCGCGCAUUCAUUGUGAACCAGCGGGCGUAGUGUUUUCGCCACAAAACCCAGCUAUGCGUGAAUUGUUGCGGCCCAUCGAACCACCGCGUUUCAGAUUUAAGCGUCAGCGUGAGGAUGACAGCCCCGAAGUGGAAUUAAGCUGUUCACAGAUGCUAACGAAAUAUGCUAACGAGAACUCCGAAGAUGACUCUGAUUAUGUACCGCUACAGGAAGAGGAUGAUGAUUCGACUAUGUCCGCGAAUACCUCUAACGAUACGCAAGGUGAAUAUAACAUGGAUACAAGCGAAGAUAAUGUCAAAGAUCAAAGUUUUUCCGAGAAAACAGAAGCGACCGAAGAAAAGUCACCAAAGGAAAAGAAAGUACCAAUAAUAGAGAUCAAUGCUAAAGAAGUGGGAAAUACUUCGACACCCAAUAAUGAUCAUAACGAUAAGAAAGAGCAAAAAGUAGUUAAAUCGGAGAUUGAUAAAGUGGUAACUAAGUCACCGAAAACACCACACACACCGUUGGAUAAUGGCCAAAGUAACAGUGGCAAGAGCGGUGGGCUGGGAGAAGAGGCAGUAGUCGUACAAACACAGGCAACGCCUGAGGUCACAAAACCUCAAAAUGCAAAAUCGCUAAAUCUUUCCAACGGUCACAACGAUGAGCAAAAGAAAGCAACGCCUGGACAUGAAAGCGCCGCCCACACCAAACCGCACUUGCCGCCACAAUUAUUGAGCAACGUUGUUUCCAAUGCAAAUCCCAGUGAUGGAAAAUUAAUAGAUGCUAAUGAUGCUUGUUCCGAUAAACAAAUUGAAAUCCCAACCAAUAAUCCAGUACUACCUCAACCACCAACACCACCACAACAACCACUGUCAUCUUCCUCAACACUUUCGUCUCCAUCCUGCUCCACCACAUCCUCCACCUCCUCGUUAGUUUCGUUUACGGCAAGUGAUGAUUUUGUUGUCGACCACGAUCGUAGUGAUCCGCCGACUCCAACGCCUUCACUCAAUACGGCAUCGUCGGCAGAGGACGUCUAUCUGAGUCCGUUCGGCUCUCCCCCAAACUUCAACUCAUUUCAUAAGCCAUUAUCCAGCCAACAGAAUAUGAGUUCCAAAUAUGGUGAUGUAGAAGAUGCAGAUCCAUCAGUUGAAGAUGGUGAUGAACAUUCUCAGCAUGCCAAACAAUUCAAAUCUCAACCUGAGCAUAAACCACAACAUCAACAGCAACAACAUAAGCAAUCAUACCGAUACCGCAGAAACCGACGUUGAAAAUCCGAUUAUUUUAUAUACUAUAUAUACAUAAUUCUUUUAACUUAGUUUAAAAUAUAGAAAGUCUUUGUAAGAAGUACGAUUUUAAAUUGUCUGUUAAAUAAUAUGGAUUUCAAUGUAAUUUUUACUACUAAAUGUUAAACAAAUAAAACUUACGAUAAUUUCGAA